AUGCUUCCAUGCAACUUGCCUAUCAUCUUCCGACCCCCACCCGCCUCUUCUAUCCUGCUCUGCAUGUUCCUCUUUUCAGUUUACUUUUUCCCCUCGGCAAAGGUAGUAGGUUGGUAUUUUGUAGAUACGUCCCUCUAUUAAUAUAAAAAUGUGAAUAAUUUAAUGAUCAAGUGGUGUCUUAAGUCAAUUUGACUUGAUAAACUACUUAGGACUGCCACCUCUGUCAUGCGCCUUCUGAUCGGCGUUGAGUGGGUUAUUUGCAGUGACAAUUUUUUUAAACAGACUAGAGGCCAGUAAAAUUGACCCAAGCAUAUAGUUUUGAUAUAUUUCCGCUUUCUUUGGUCGUCCCUAAAUGCAGAUAAGGAGUGGGGGGAUUUAUUCUAGCAAAGUGCUGCAAUCACAAGUCAGGCCUACGUAUGCUGACAAAGCAGGGAAGCGCAGUUAACCACAAACCACCGUCGGGAAUGGGCCAGAUUAAAUCGGAUUCAGGCAGUCCGGUUAAGUCGACUAAAAAGGAGGGCAAAAGAUCCUCAAAGAAGGUUGCCCCCUCAGUGGAAUCAUCCCCUCCGGCUUCUGUGGAACUAAAACCCGCCGAGGGGGGUUCAGAAAAGGCCUCUCAUGGGAAGCAGGACUGAUGAGAAAACUAUCAUGGCUUGUUUUGCGAGCGAGCCGGUUUCGCUGUCAUGCUUCCAUGCAACUUGCCUAUCAUCUUCCGACCCCCACCCGCCUCUCCUAUCCUGCUCUGCAUGUUCCUCUUUUCAGUUUACUUUUUCCCCUCGGCAAAGGUAGUAGGUUGGUAUUUUGUAGAUACGUCCCUCUAUUAAUAUAAAAAAAUGUGAAUAAUCUAAUGAUCAAGCGGUGUCUUUAGUCAAUUUGGACUGCCACCUCUGUCAUGCGCCUUCUGAUCUGCGUUGAGUGGGUUAUUUGCAGUGACAAUUUUUUUUAAACAGACUAGAAGCCAGUAAAAUUGACCCAAGCAUACAGUUUCGAUAUCUUUCCGCUUUCUCUGGUCGUCCCUUAAUGCAGGUAAGGAGUGGGGGGAUUUAUUCUAGCAAAGUGCUGCAAUCACAAGUCAGGCCUACGUAUGCUGACAAAGCAGGGAAGCGCAGUUAACCAUAAACCACCGUCGGGAAUGGGCCAGAUUAAAUCGGAUUCAGGUGCAGUUAGGAGACGCCGAGGAAAUGAGUCGUUGCUGCAGCAUUGUUCUGUAGUGGCGAUCAGUAGCGUGUAAUUUGCUGUAGAGAUGUGGCUCCGGCCAUGCCAGCCACCCUUUUGUUGUUGGUUAUAAUCCUGGUCAUUCGCCGUGUGGACUAGGGGCUGUGGAGUAGAACGUCAAGGUGCGGGCCCGACCGCGCCAUCCACCUGCGCCCUUCCCCGCUUCCCAGUCUUCUUGACUAUGUCUUGACACCCGGUCCAGGUGGGGGAGGAGAGAAUGCGGUAGACGCAUCGCAAGUCUGCAUUUACUAUAAACUAAAUUACACGCAAGUCACCGUGUCUACUUCACCUUGCUGUGGAGCACACGGAGGACAUCGUCGGUAACGAUUGGCUGUAAUACCUUUGUUGGGUUAGUUUUGAGGGUGCGGGACGCAUCUGUGAACGGGAAGUUUAGAAAAUCGAUAAUCGAGCUGAGUGGAUGCGCAAGGCAGUUAAUUGGGUUUGGGUUGGCCCGCCGCAUUUAUCUUUGGUUCCAUGAAACUCCGCCGACUGCAGCUGAACACCUCAGCAGUCACUUCAGUUAGCUGGAAUGAGGGCAACUUGCGUGCCUUUCCGGCGCCAAUUGAUUGGCGCGUACAGUUUGAUUUGGUCUCCCUGGUGAGGGGGGGGGGAGGUUUGGGGGGCGUCCACUGCGUCCCAUCUCAUCAUCAAGCGUCCCGUCCUACAGAAAUCAUUAAUUCACUAUGGACCAUGAACGGGUAAGGCUGACUUUGAGGUAGUCUCCCUCGCAGGCGUAGAGGCAACCGUCACCCGGGGAUAAAUCCACGGGUCUUCGGUUGGGCUCUCUCCCCUCCAUAGCUGACGGCUCACCGUCGAUUCCGACGAUGUCCGCCGUGCGCCCCAGAGCAGGUUGAAAGCAGGGACGGCUACUUGCGCGUGCAUUAGUUUCUAAUGACAUUGGACUUGCGCAGCACCUACCGCACUCUCCCCCUCCCUCACCUGGGCUCCGUGUCAAGGCGGGGGUGGGGGGGGGGCGACUCGGAUCCCAAUUGGCGCGUGGUGAGCCUGCAACUAGGCCUGCUAUCACAUCCCAAAUAUUGGCAUUUGUUAUGGGUGCGCAUUCCUGAUGCAGUCCCGCUGUUGGUCCAGCCCAUCUACCGCGUAACCUGUUUUUGGGGCAACCGCGCUACCCGCAACAGUGUUGGGCCCCUCGUGGCGUUCCCCGACAGAUGACGAUGUUCACCCUUUGAGGAAUAGUAAUUUCCAUCGAGAGUUUGAUGUGUACGACUGCAUCUAUCACCUAGAAAGGCAAGACUCAAACUCACUUGAGCCCCUGUUUAACGAUUCGAGAGAUGGAAUUUAAAGGAAAUGCCUGUACGCGUGAGAACUCCUGAAGGCUGACGACACGUUUAAUGACUGUCGUGCUUUAUUUGAACCGAAGUCGCUGCUUUCAGUAAUUGAGUUUUAGACAGAACUGUCGGGGUGUGAAGCGUGGCCGCUACAACUUUCACAUCUGCAUUGAAGUUAUUGUCCUCUAACUAGCAACCAUUAGUUUUCGUUAUGCCUCAAGAACACUCAGCCCUCUCCUAUGCAAGUGUCUAAUGGGUCACAGGGUUUGUGACAUGAUAGGAAAACGUACUGUCCACAAUACUCGGUGCCAAAUUCCUGCAGGCUAUACGUCCUUUGGGGGUCAAUAUCGGACAUACAUUACGCCGGACUUGAGAUGCUCACGUUAAGGCUGAAUUAUACUGCUGCUGCUGCUGUUGCUGCUGCUGCUACUACUACUACUAACACUACUACUACUACUACUACUACUACUACUACUACUACUACUACUACUACUACUACUACUACUACUACUACUACUACUACUACUACUACUACUACUACUACUACUACUACUACUACUACUACUACUACUACCACCACUACUACUACUACUACUACUACUACUACACUCGCUGUCAGCUCCUCUACCUAUGUCAAUAGUUCGACUUCUACUGCUAAUUACGGCAAUGCUUUUAUUGAUAUCGGAACUCCUUGAACCAGACCCUGUUGUACUGUAUACACUGUCAUAGCGAAAUAUGCUUGUUACGAGCAAGUGGUGCUCGUUUCAUGCUUUUGCAUCCGACCCCGUUUUGGUCUUCUUUAAAGACAACAGGCUCCGUCUUAUAGCAAAAUUCGGUUUAUUCAAAGAAUCGAUUUAUUUGCUUCUACACGGGAGUCUCCCAUUCCUGCAGCUUCACUGCGGGGCUCCCAAUAGACGUACAUGGUUCCCUAGUUGGUAAAUCGUGAAAACAGGCGUAUGCCGACACACCUGACGGACCGCUGCUUUCCCUUGCGCAACCAUCCUCUUCUUACGCUCUGCGCACCAAUGGGUGAUAAGGCUUCUCCGGUUGCCAAGUUCCAUAGGCGUCCUGCGUCUCCUGAAGUGUAUCAGAUGUAGGGGUAUUAGCCGCGUGUUUAGUCUAAGCGGUCCAUAAAUAAGGACGACAUAAGCCAGAGGGGGCAAACUUCAACAAUGCGCGCUACCAUGAUUAAUAUGAUUUCUGAAAAUGUGAGAGGUACAAACGGUAGGCAAACAUCCCACCUUUCUACUCGUUUAGAUUAGUUAGCAUACAGCCCGUGGUUUCUGAUAUAUCGUUUAUUUUGCGGGUAAGAUACCCUUGUGGGUAAAUCUUGGUGGUUGGUCUGUUAGUGUGUAUGAUGACCUUGAUGAAGGUCUGGGGGGAGUCAGAGCAACAGGCUUAUUCUUUUUCUGACGCAUCCGAUCGGCGAUUUCGAUAGUUUUUUUGCUGUUACUCCAUCUCUUGUACAGUUUGUCUCGGCGUCAGUGACCCGGUAGCGGGGGGACGCAGUUUUGAGGGAGGGGGAGGGGGGGGUGCAGGUGGUGGCAUCUAAGGCGGCGUGAGGCGAUUCUUCUUGCCGCAUGCAUUUGCGGCUGCCAGGGAAUUGCGAACCGUCUUUAAGGCAGUGAAGUAGGUGCGUCAGCGUGUUAGAUCUUCCCUACCAAGUCCACUGCGCAACAGACGACAGCCCGUGGGCAGUCCGCGAAUCAUUUGGUUGAUUUCACAUCAGAGAAUCACCCCACUAGGGUUAACCGUUCGGCGUACUUGGCGCAUUGACAAGGCGUCCUCGCAUCGUUCAAGGGGGGUCCUGAUAUUCCUGCUUCUUGUUUGAAAAGCUCACAAACUCGCGUCUGCAUCGUCUGACGUCAGUUGGUGCUUGCAAGGUGAACUCUCACUCAUCUGGCUCCUGUCAUUGUCGUUGAAAUCAUUCUCGCCCAGAUGGGUCCUGUAGAUCAUGACUUUCUCAUGUUGUUGACCUUUACCAAAAAACCACUGGUUGAACGUUUUUCGUGUCGUGUCAUAUGAUCAGCAUUUAUCAGUUGGUACCUCGGGCCGGACCUCACUUCGUAGCUUUACCUGCAGUUAACAAGCCCCAGUCUAACCCCAACCCCUAAACCCUUACCCCUAACCACAACCCCUCACCCCUAACCCUAGCGCCAACCCCUAAACAUGCCCCCUAAUCCCUAACCCUAAUCCCUUACAGGUACGGCUACUAAGAAAGAUAUUGCCGUACUUAGUCUGUGGUAACAUCAUUCCUAUAUUACAGUAGUCCCUGUCCUCUAUUUUCUCAGCGGGACCGCAUAUUCGAUCGUUGCCUUAAUUUUCUUUAAAGUCCCCUCCCCCUGUUAUAUUUCGCCUUCUUGGUGGCUUCCCUAUAAAAUGUCCAUCACCUCGUUCGUCCUGAUUCUAUUCCCUACCGGCUUUCUACAGGUCAAGGCAGCCGACCAACUGGUCGCUCUAAAGGCCGCCAAGGCUGAAGAGCUUAACAGCCGGGCAGAGAAGGCGGCUGAGCAGAUGGCUAUCGACAAGACUGUUUUGCACUCCUCCAUGGAACGCGACGACAUCUUCAGGGAGCCCUUCGAAAGGGUGAAGAAACAUGCCGACUUUAGGCGUGAAUUGGACUUGAAUAACAAGUGGGUCGCAGAGCGCAGACAGGUAUGUACGUACGGUAGGUGGGCUAACUCACGAAAUGUCGACCGAAAUUCCGAAAUGCGUUUCCGUUUCGAAAAGACUAAUUAAGUGGGGUUGUAGAACUAAUCAUCAUACAGCAGAAUUCUAUAAUAAUUCAGUUACUUCAGGAUGCCUGCUUUUGAGCUUACUUUUUUCCGGCUCUGUAAAAAUGACUACUUAAGUAGCAUGCAUUCGUCUCAUUGAUUUUCGUUGCCCUUAAAAAUUCAAUUAUAUUUCAUGGAAAACCUGCCUAAAAAUACUCAUUCUCUUGCUCAUUCUGCAGAAAUCGACGUCAUCUUCCAAUUGUAUACUCGAAGAAAGGGUAUAACGAGGUUUUGAAGAAGUUUCUAGCUGUGAGUUUUUUUAAUAUGGUGAAUGGCCGUUCAUAAAACGUCAUGUAUCUGCAUUUACGAACGUGGCCUAUAAAGUUAACAAUAUUGCUCAAAUCCACUGCUUAAUUUUAUGAAUCCCAUAUGGUCUCCCCUUAAAUCCGUAGAGAAAUGCAUGCUUUUCCGUACACGGAAAAUAUACGGCUUGGCGUUUUGAAACCCUUAAUACAAGUGUAAAAUCAAGUAGGGCUCAAAAUUAUUCGGGAAUUAGAAAAGUUUUUGAAAACCGAAUUAUACUCUUCAUUCAAGUAUAAAAUCGGAAGAAGACGUGAUUUUCUACCGAAUAAAUAAACGAGCAAUUAUUUUUACGCAUGUUUUCCAUGAAAUAUAAUUGAAUUUUCGUGGGCAUCGAGAAUCAAGGAGAAAAUUGCAUGCUACUUAAGUAGUCAUUUUUUGCAUAGUUCUUGCAUGCAGUCGGAAAUACGUUCAUUCGAAAGCCGACACCCUGAGGUAACUGGAUCAUUAUAGAAUUAUGAUGCAUGAUGAUUAGUUUUAUAACCCUACUUAAGUAAUCUUUUCGAAACGAGAACGCAUUUCGAAAUCUCGGUUGACAUUUCAUGAGUUUGCCCACCUACUGUACGCUGGGAUUCAACUAUGGAAAACUUAAAGCAUUCGUCAUGGAUUCGAGAAUCUCUUUGCCCAUGGAAGCAUGUAAUGACAACUGUAUCGGCCAGAAUUUCGUAAAAGACGUCAGUGGGUAAAAUACACAGGAUACUUCUAACUUACCUACUCUCAGAUCGGCUCGUAA